CUCAACUCUUCAAGAAUGGCGUCUCUACAGUUCUUCCUCUUCUGCCUGAUGGUCGCAGCUUCCAAGGCAGCGCCCCAAUCCACAGAAGUCAAAGCGCCAAUGCCAUAUCAGUUUUCGUAUGGAGUGAACGUGCCCGAAACCGCAGACAUCAAGGAGCACAAAGAGACCACUUCGCCGGAAGGAAGAACCGAAGGAGAGUACCGCUGGCUGCAGCCUAAUGGCCUCUUCAGGAUCGUCCGCUACUACGUUGACGGCGACUCCGGCUUCCAGGCUGUCGUGAGCGAGGAGGAGGGCCCCGUCGUCGAGAACUACUACAGGAACUCCCUCAGUGGCGACAGCUCGGCGGGUCUCGCCUCCUCUGGCUCCCUCAACUUCGGCAAGAGCUUCGACGGCUCCCAGGGCAGCAUCGGCGCUGCCGUUAACGUCAUCAAGGCUCCGCGUCCGAGCCUCAACCGGCAGCCGGCUGUCAGCGCCCAGGCGGCCUUCGCUCAGCAACCAGUUAACAGUGCUCAGGCAGCAGUCAGUGCCCAGUCUGCCUUUAAUCGCCAGCCAUCAGUCAGUGCCCAGUCUGCCUUUAAUCGCCAGCCAUCAGUCAAUACUCAGCUGUCCUUCAGCCAGCAACCAUUGGCUAAUGCCCAGACAUCUUUCGGCAGCCAACCUUCUUUCAAUGCCCAGGCAACUUUCGGCAGCCAACCCUCAGUCAACACACAAGCGGCCUAUAACAACCAGCCCUCAGUCAAUACUCAAGUAGCCUUCAACAGCCAACCUGCUGUUAACACUCAGGCAACGUUCAGCGCCCAGCCUUCAGUGAACGCCCAGUCUUCUUUCAACUCGCAGCCAUCGGUUAAUGCUCAAGUAGCUGUCAACGCCCGUCCCUCAGUGAACACGCAAGCAGCUUUCAACUCCCAGCCCGCAGCCGCACAAGCGUCUUACAACCGUCAGCCCGUUGCUACUCAGUCAACGGCCAGUCGGCGACCAACUGCCAGUAGCCAGGCUACAGCCACUCGCCGACCAGCAGCCGCUCGUCAGCCGACAGCCGCUCGUCAGCCGACAGCCGUACGUCAGCCGACAGCCACUCGCCAGCCAGCCGUCAGCCCUCAGCCAACCUAUGGCCCUCAGAGUCCCGGCUUUGCCUCUCAGGCUUCUGGCUUCGCUUCCCAGGCCCCAGGCUUCGCGUCACAGAUUCCUGGCUUCGCAGUUCAGACGCCUGGAUUUGCCCGUCAGCAGAGCUUCAACAAGAAGAGCUUCAGCAGCAAGAAGAGCAGCAGUCAACAAAGCAGUAGUCAGCAGGAGAGUUUCAGUAGUUCGUUCUCCGGGGGAUUCGUAGAUGGAGGAUUCAUCAACGGAGGAAUCAUCGACGGAGGAAUCAUCGAUGGAGGAAUCAUCGACGGAGGAAUCAUCGACGGAGGAAUCAUCAAUGACAGCUCUUACGAGGACUCGACGGGAGACAACUACCAGGGCUGAACACCCUUCACCUCCCUAUAAUUCCCCACCUGGCCCUAUCACCUCUCCAUAAAUCCCCACCUGGCCCUAUCACCUCUCCAUAAAUCCCCACCUGGCCCUAUCACCUCCCCAUAAAUCCCCACCUGGCCCCUUCACCUCUCCUCUUCCUACCCUCUAUCAUCCUACAAAACGUUAGUGGGGGACAAUGAACGCCGGUGAACCAUUAGUUAGUAAUAACAACAUUCUGCAUCAAGUAAAUCUUUACUUGCUUGUAGAAGGACUAGUUCUGAACUUAGAGACAAGUCGAAAUCCGAGUAAGUUUAAGGUUAUUUUAUAGAAGGAGCUCCCCAGUCCUUCGAACAAUAGUUGUAAUUUAUUAACACGUUGCGUUCAUUGUGCACCUGCCCCUAAGCAGUAUUAAGAGAGACUAAAUCAGAUGUCGUUGACUGUACGAAAUAUCAUGUAAUUAUAUGCUUAAGUUUAGCAAACAUAUCAUAUUUUCUUAUAUUGUUCAUGUUAUUACGAAAUAUAUAUAUAUAUAUAUCACCUCA